GUGUGAGCCGAAAAGGACGACAGCGAGUGUUUGGUAGCGUGACAGAUUUGUGCGUACACAAAUGAGCAAAAUCGUUCAGACUGUGCAAAGAGUGGCGAAAAUGAAGUACAUUUUAGUGACUGGCGGUGUUAUAAGUGGCGUGGGAAAAGGCGUCAUUGCCAGCUCCUUCGGCACACUCCUGAAUUCCUGCGGCAUCGACGUGACUUCCAUCAAGAUUGAUCCGUACAUCAACAUAGACGCUGGCACAUUUUCUCCCUACGAGCAUGGUGAAGUGUACGUCCUGGAUGAUGGCGGCGAGGUGGAUCUGGAUCUUGGCAACUACGAGAGAUUCCUCGACGUCACGCUGCAUCGUGACAACAACAUCACGACAGGGAAAGUCUACAAGCAUGUGAUCGAGAAGGAGCGCAGAGGAGACUAUCUGGGCAAGACUGUGCAAGUGGUGCCGCACGUCACGGACGCCAUCCAGGAGUGGGUGGAGAAAGUGGCGCACCGGCCCGUGAAGGGCACAGCUCAGCCCCAAGUGUGCAUCGUGGAGCUGGGCGGCACGAUUGGCGACAUCGAGGGAAUGGCCUUCGUCGAGAGCUUCCGACAGUUUCAGUUCAAAGUCAAGCGCGAAAACUUCUGCUGCGCUCACGUGUCACUCGUGCCAAAGCCCAAAGCGACUGGAGAGCACAAGACGAAGCCCACGCAGGCGAGCGUGCGGGAAUUGCGCGGUCUCGGACUGAGUCCUGACUUGAUUGUCUGUCGCUCUGAGGAGCCGAUUGGCAAGGAGGUGAAGGAGAAGAUCAGCAAUUUCUGCCACGUGGCGACUGAGCAAGUGAUCUGCAUCCACGAUCUGCCCUCAAUCUAUCACGUGCCGCUGCUGAUGGAGCAGGAUGGCGUCGUGGACUUCCUGGCCGAGCGACUGCAGCUGAAGAUUCAGCGCGAGAGUCGCUUCAUUGAGCGCUGGCGGAAUUUGGCGCAUCGCGUGAACACCAUCAAUCGCCACGUGCAGAUCACGCUGGUGGGGAAGUACACGAAGCUGGAGGAUGCGUAUGCGUCCGUGACGAAGGCGCUGCAGCACGCGGGCAUCGCCAGUGGCUAUCAGGUGAAUGUGAAGUUCAUUGAGGCGUGUCACUUGGAGGAACAGAUGAGAUCUGAGGAUCCGCCCAAGUAUUACGAGGCGUGGCGAGAGCUCAGCGUGAGCAAAGGUGUCAUCGUGCCGGGUGGCUUCGGGUCGCGUGGCAUUGAGGGGAAGAUCAAGGCUUGCCAGUGGUGCAGAGAGAACAACAAACCCCUUCUGGGCAUCUGUCUUGGCCUGCAGGCGAUGGUGAUUGAGUUUGCGCGCAAUGUGAUGGGCUUGAAGGAUGCCAACUCGACGGAAGUGGCGCCAGAGACGCUCAAUCCCCUCGUGAUCGACAUGCCAGAGUAUCAUCCGGGCGACAUGGGUGGCACAAUGAGACUGGGCAAGAGGACGACUCUGUUCAAGGACUGCGACAGCACAAUUAAGAAACUGUAUGGGAAUCCCAAGAGCGUGAGUGAGAGACAUCGACACAGGUAUGAAGUGAAUCCGGACUAUGUGGAGAAAUUGGAGGCGAAAGGACUGCACUUUGUGGGCUACGAUGCUGAUAAGAAACGCAUGGAGAUUCUAGAAUAUCCCAAUCAUCCCUACUAUGUGGCCACACAGUUUCAUCCUGAAUAUCUCUCGCGGCCUCUCAAGCCUUCUCCGCCUUUCCUCGGACUCAUCCUGGCCGCGACAGGACGUCUGGAGAAGUUUAUCAACCAAGGAUGUCCUCUGAAUCAACGACACAGCGACGAUAGUGGCGAAGAUGAUGUGAUUGAGUUGCCGAGAAGAAGUCAACCGAUCGUCGUCAGUGGGAUUAAUAAGGCAGUGAAGAGUGUGGAAAUGAAUGGCGUAAAUGGCAUUAAUGGCCACGAAAGUGAGGCGAGUGAGGACAAUGAAAAGUGA